CGCGUACAGGUCGCCAUGGUCGUCAUGGAGACGGUGUGAGAGCGAGGCCGCUGGUGGAGCUCGAAGCUCUUUCCUACAGUAGGAAGGUACUCCGAUCUGGCACCGCUUGCUGCUCUCAACCUUCUCCGUAGACGGAUGAUCAGAUCGAAAAGGUCCGUCAGAAUCUCCGUAUACAUUCGAUAACAACAUAAACCGCGUAUACAGUAACCCUAGGAUUUCCAUCCAUUCGACGCAGCUCCAUGGUGACCCGAUACUGAUUUUUAAAGAGGAGGGCAUUCACUGGUUCAGCCGGAGGACUCUUGCUGCAAAAGCAGGGCUGAAAGAUGUGCAAUGGAAUGGUAGCGUGUGAGACAAGAGCCUCGCUCGCUCACAGUGUGGCCGCCACAUCCCUGCUGCUCCUCCUUCUCGGCAUGCUCCCCACAGGCCAAGCUUCAGGUUGUCCCAGACCCUCAGUUGUGCCUCAUGGCCGUGGGAACCUGACGGAAACAAACCGCGGCUCCUUCCCCGUUGGCACGCAGCUACAGUACAGCUGUGAUCCAGGAUACACGCUGGAUGGCUACAGCAUCAUCACAUGUACCGUCUCAGGCCACUGGUCCACUGACCCACCUCGCUGCAUCAAAAAUGAUGUUUGUCAACCACCGAGUGAGCCAGAGAACGGAGGAUAUAACUGCCACCCCUCGCCGUGCCACAGACUGACCCAGGGUACCGUGAUCGAGUUCUUCUGUGAUGAGGGUUACAUUCUGAAAGGAGGGUACCAUUUCCGGACCUGUGACAACGGAGAGUGGAAGUCGCCCAUGCAGAUCAGUUGUCACUCUGUGCAAGGGGAGGAGCAAUCCCCGCUGCCCAUGUCAGCUCUGUCUAUCGUGGCCUCCACUGCCAGCUCUGUGGCCUUCAUCCUGCUGUUGGUGGUGCUGUUUGUUUUGCUUCAGCCCAAACUCAAGUCCUUCCACCACAGCCGCAGCCGGGAGCAGGGUGUGUCAGGACAGCCUACCUCCAUCAUGGUGGAGGGCGUUCAGGUCUCACUGCCCUCCUACGAAGAGGCAGUGUAUGGCGCAGGCGGCAGUUCUGUGCCCCCUCCUGAGUCCCGGGUUCAGAUCGUGCUGUCAGAGGGCCCUCAGGCUGAGGGUUUGAACGAACCUCUCGAACGGGCUCAGGCGAGUUACAGUUUUCCCUCCACCUCCACUGCUGUGUCUUCAUGUCACGCAGAGACUGUAUUGGUUCACCAGGUGCCCUCUUCCUCCUCUCCGUCCUCCUCAUGCUCUCCCUCCUGGGCUGCUGAGCAGCCUGGUGCCGCUGCACCUCUCCACCGCAGGCAGAGCAGCGAGAGCAACGAUCAGCGCAGCUUGCUUUCAGUUACCUCUGCCGAAGAUUAUGGUGAUGAUAUUCCAUUGCUAAAGGAAGCCUGAGUCUGUGUGCAGUCACCUCUCUCUGUCAUCGCUGGCCAGGACUGUAACCCCUAAAGCUUCCCACCAAACGCUUACCCCAAGCCACCCGACAGAACGCAGCAGUAAAUAAAAUCUUUCAGCUGUCCCUCUGCCAACAAAUCACCCGCCCCUGGGGUGGCCCCCAUGGAGUCCGGCAGCUUCUUCACAGAAAGAACCUUUGACUGGAUGACCCCUCAAAGGGAUGCGCAAAUGCUCGAGUUUAACACGUCGCACCUUUUCUUGCAGGUGCGCUAAUAAUCAGUUGCAUUCACAGGCUUACCUCGUCACGGCGAGGGUUCACUAUUUACAAAGGAAUGCAUUCAGGUUACGUUGUGGACCUCUGCUCCGUCAAUGACUGUGACCUCUUGUGAAGGGGAGAGUUCAGCAAGGAUUUGCUAAGCCAGGCCCUUUUCUCUUUAAUGCUGCAUGUUCUGUGCAAUUUCUUUUUUCUGUUUCGUUCUACACGCAUACACACAGGAGCAUGGCACAAUCAAAGCAUGAUGCAUAGCCUCGUCCCUUGUGCGAGACGCAGGGUUGAACCGAUUUACAUUGUACUGAAUUCAAAUACAUGCUUGCCUUUUUAUCUGUCAAGAAGUACAUGUGCUGUGCUGUGCACUGUGUGUGUGUGCGCGUGUGUGUGUGUGUGUGUGUGUGUGUGUGAUGCCUGUGUGACAUGUGGCUGUUGUGAUUCGAAGAGGGCUGAAGGAUCAUCUAGGCUUCUUUUCCCCAAAAUAGGAAACAUUUUCAAUACCUCCAUUUUCUAAUUGAGAUGUUAUUUAAGUAGAAUGGAUGUUCCUUGUCUACAUGUCUGUUUGUCCAAAGUGAGGGAGAUAUACUUUGUGUUAGCAGCUGUGAGAUUACUGUUCUCAUUCAGAGAAAUGAUUCAUGAUGACUUGCUUUAAAAGCGAGUAUAUCUCUCACAUGUUUGUGUUGCACGCACAAGUAAAAAAAUAUAUAUAUAUAUAUAUAUCAUUUUUAAUCACCUGUAUGUUCUUUUUCCAAAAGGACUUUUUUUGGGGGGUGUGGACUAAUUUCAUUACUGGGCUAUACCUUAUGAGCUUUGACUCUGACUAAUAAUUUUUGGAUUUGAGCAAGUUUAAUUCACUUUUAAUUAAGGAAAUUAAACCGCAUAUAUUGCAUUUGAAUGUUUUGCAAAGCCAGCUGCAGCAUGGCUAACAUUUUGAAGAUGACUAUCAAGGAUAGGAGAUCCUUUUGUUUAGUUUUCUUAAUAAAUAAUUUCAGCCAUGUGCCAUUAAAAUGGUAUUUGUAAGGAGAAUGAAUCAGAUAUCCUGUAAGAUCUCAAAUAGGUUGUGCAUUGUAUUAAUGCACUGUAUAAUAGCUCCAGAAAAUGGCCUUGUUCUUCACUCAUAAUGUUCUUUUGGCAAAUAGACAUUUAAAAAACCAAUGAAUCUUUUGUUUGAGUUUGCAUUUUACAUCCUUGCCUAUUGCCACCUUGUGUAUAUCCCCUGUGGUUGACUCAUAAUUCUGUUGGUCAACAUGCAUCAAAUAGGCCUAUGUAUAUUUUUGUGUCUGACUUUGGAGAGAGAGGGCAGUUUGCCUAUCUGCACAUCCUCAGUUUUGUGUUCCUGGCUUGUUUUUGUAAAAUGAUUUACUUUUUUUUUUUUCAUGCAAACUGAAGG